CGUACAAGUUCUUGAAACGGUGAAAUAGUAGUUGAUGAAUUUAAUAAACAUGCUAUAUUGGAGAUUAAGCACUAUAAAUCUAUUAGGCCUACUAGGUAGAAUUUUGUAGAGCUAAGAAAUAUAAUGGAGCCAAACACAAUUUUAAACAAAGAGGCAAAAGAGCUACUAAAUGCUCAAACUCAUAUUUGGAACCAUGUUUUAUCUUUCCUAAAUUCCAUGGCUUUAAAGUGUGCUAUUCAGCUAGGCAUCCCAGAUGCCAUUCAUAAACAUGGCAAGCCCAUGACUCUUAUUGAGCUAGCCGAUUCGCUUUCCGUCCACCCGGACAAGGCUCCCUGUCUGCGUCAAUUGAUGCGCCUUCUCGUUCAUUCCAACUUCUUCUCCACCACCGGCGAUUUACCCAAUAUUGACGGCGAACAACGGCAGAUCUUGGCCAGAAAAUGUCAAGAAGCCAAGGAUCUGGCUCCGAAUGGCUCCAGCGAAAGAUCCUCCCCUAGCGGCGAAGAAGAAGAAGAAGAAGCAUUUGGUCUAACCUUGUGUUCACAACUUCUUUUGAAAGACCAUCCAUUCUCUCAAACACCCUUUGCCCUUUUGGAGAUGGAUCCGAGUAUAACCGACCCAUCACAUAACCUUGGUGAAUGGUUUCGGACGACCGAACACGAGUCUCCCUUCCAUAUGGCUCAAGGAAAGAACAUAUACGAACGUAUGCCUAGCGUCUCGAUAUUUAACGAGCUCUUUAACCGAACCAUGUCGUACGACUCACGGUUGGUUUCGAGCUUGUUGGUGACUAGUAAUGAGUUCAAAGGCUUAAUCGAAGGCCUCGAAUCGAUUGUCGAUAUCGGUGGCGGCGACGGGACUAUGGCUAAGGCCAUUGCCGAGGCCUACCCUAACUUGAAGUGUAUCGUGUUUGAUUUACCACAUGUGGUUGAUGGGUUACAAGGAAAUGGAACUAACUUGAGUUAUGUUGCAGGUGAUAUGUUUGAGAUGGUUCCUCGUGCUCAUGCAGUGUUAAUCAAGUGGGCAUUUCAUAAUUGGAGUGAUGAUCAUUGCAUAAAGGCACUUCAAAGAUGUAAAGAAGCAAUUCCUAGCAAAGAAAAAGGAGGCAAAGUGAUGAUCAUAGAAAUGGUAAUGGGAGUAGUUCCAAGUGACAAUAAUGUAAAUCACUCUCAUUCCCAACUUCUUAUGGAUAUGCAAAUGUUGUCUGUCUCUAGAGGUAAAGAGAGAACUGAGGAACAAUGGAAGUAUCUCUUCAUCAAUGCCGGUUUUGGUGACUAUAAGAUCUUACCAAUCUUGGGGUCGAGGUCAAUUAUCGAGGUUUAUCCUGCAUAAGCUAGUGUAUUACGGAGUAACUUGUACCGUACUUUGUUUUGUUAACUAGUGUGAAAUAAAAGUAUUAUUUUGUGGUUCGGAUUGUGGAAGGUGAACACGAGUCCACGUUGUAGACUGUGCAUCUUUGUCCACCAUCUGAAUUGCGACUUUUAUUGGGUAGAUGGUACUUUGUACACAAACUUUUCUAUAAGGUGGUCUUACACAAAGAUCACCUUGGUAUCAUAUAAGUUAAGCAAUGAAACCAAUUAGUUAAG